GCUCCGCGGAACCCCCACCCCACCCCGAGGCUGGAAGAUGUGGCAGCCGGCCACCGAGCGCUUGCAGCACUUUCAGACCAUGCUGAAGUCUAAAUUGAAUGUCCUCACACUGAAAAAAGAACCUCUCCCCGCAGUCAUCUUCCAUGAGCCAGAGGCCAUAGAGCUAUGCACCACCACAUCACUGAUGAAGAUGAGGACCCACAGCGGAUGCAAGGUCACCUAUCUGGGCAAGGUGUCCACCACAGGCAUGCAGUUUUUGUCUGGCUGCACGGAGAAGCCAGUCAUUGAGCUCUGGAAGAGGCACACGCUGGCCCGAGAGGAUGUGUUCCCAGCCAACGCCCUCCUGGAGAUCCGCCCUUUCCAAGUGUGGCUGCAUCACCUCGACCCCAAGGGCGACACCACGGUCCACAUGGAUACCUUUCAGGUGGCCCGCAUCGCCUACUGCACCGCCGACCACAAUGUGAGCCCCAACAUCUUCGCCUGGGUUUACAGGGAGAUCAACGAUGACCUGUCCUACCAGAUGGACUGCCACGCCGUGGAGUGCGAGAGCAAGCUGGAGGCCAAGAAGCUGGCCCACGCCAUGAUGGAGGCCUUCAGGAAGACGUUCCACAGUAUGAAGAGCGACGGGCGGAUCCACAGGAACAGCUCCUCCGAAGAGGUCUCCCAGGAAUUGGAAUCGGAUGACGGCUGAGAGGGGGGAGGGGGGACUGGAGGUUGCCCCAGCCAAGGCUUCCAGAGGCUUCGCCAGACCAUUCAAAUUAGGGAUGAAAAGACUGCCACUCUCCGGGCCCCACCCAUGCUUGUUAAAUUCCGAAGAGCAAUUCUCAAUCUAAAGAAAUGUAUCAUUAAAGUGUAAUUAUGUGACAUUGCAAUCUGCUGCUGCUGUGACUGAGAGGAGGACGGGAGGGGAGUAGUGGGGGAUGGAAGGUUCUAGUAUUCUCUUCCUAGUGGUGGGGUUUUUUUUCCUUCUAUGCCAACACCUUCUCAGGGGAGAUUUCGAUGCCAGUUUUCACCACUGUCAGGCAGAGACUCCGUGGCUUUGAUUUGCAGGACCAUUCCAGUCUGCCUUAGGGAAUCCAACAGCACCUUUGAGGUAGCUUCAGAUGGAGGGAGAGAUGGACAGAGGGAGGCCCAGGGUGUUGAUGCCCACGAGGAGGCCGCAGUUGGGAGAGGACACCCCGGAAUGACCGAGAGCUCUUCUCCGGUGGUGGCAUGUCGUAGACUGUCUCCUCACUACGUGAAUCAGCACAGUCCUUAUUGAGCUUUACGACUAACAACCCAGUAGUCGGCAGUUAAUUCGCAGUUUGAGAUAAUGCUUUUAUUUACAUGAGUAUAUCAAGUAGUACCUUGUAUCGUAUUGUAGUCUCUUCAUCUAUUUCCUUGGAAUACUUGCAUCUACUAAUGAUCUCCUCUCUCCUGCUGCAACAUCCAUCUCUGUUUCCCUUUCUGGUGUCCCUAGAGAGAUGGGUCCUCCACACACAAUGCAGGACACCAAAAGGGAAGAAAAUAACUGAGCAAGCAAAAGAAAUGACAAACAAAUCAAUUAGGACAACAUCACAAGAAACCCCGGAAGGAGGGAAGGAGUAAUCAGACUCUGCCAAGGCUGGACUUAACUCAGCCCUUGGUGACUUUAUGACCAUUUCCUUAGGUGAUGGCCCAAUUGGAGGAAUUCUGUAAGACAAGCUUUGGACGGCAUUUGAGUUGGGAAUGAAUUAGAGAAACUCAGCUCAUCUAAAAAAGCCCAUACCCAUCUUCCACCUCAAGGGAAAUCUUCUUAUCUUAAAUCUUAGAGUCAGAAAUAUGUGAUUAUUUGUGGUUUCAAAGGAGAAAUAUUAAAAUGAUUUCUCACUAAGGCAUCCUGAGGUUUCUCAGUUUCACCGACCUUUAAAUACCAUAGAGUCGACACGGAAUGAAAUUGAGAGUGCUUGUUAAAAUGCGUACAUUUAAGGCUGAAGGUAUAUGAUUCUGUUUCCAUGUAAUACUGCUCCUUUAUAAAAGUCUCUUUGUACUCCUGGUCAUGUUAGGACGCUCAGAUGCCUUAGAAGCCUUAAAUGAGAGCUAACCCGAUGCAGAGAGCAAUGGUGUCGGCAUUUGGUCUGUGUACCUAUGUGUCUGUGUAUGUGUUUGUGUGUAUAUGUAUGUCCUCAUGUGUGGACCCAGUUUUCAGGCAUGUACAGUAAGCAUGGAAUCACUGAGGAAGAUUCUCCUGCCUCCUGAAGUUGUGCUUGUUGCUUUAUGACAUAUGUAAACUAUUAUUUAGCAUAAAUGCAUUCAUUCUUUAAUAAAAAUAUGUUUGCAUUAAUAAAGCCGAGGAGUUUCA